AUGACGUUUCGAGGUUUCUUUACUACAAUGCCCACUGCCACGGUUCAAUGCGCUGUGCCCGAGCACCACGCGCCUGCCAAAGCGAAUGGAGCCGCAUGCAGUGGCUCCAUUAAUCCUACUUGGAUUCCCGCUCAAGUUAAAGAUGUCACGCCGAGAACCACUGUAUUUGAUACCGUAGAGGAGGCGCUUGAUGCAUUCUCGCGGGGUGAAGCCAUUGUUGUCAUGGAUGACGAGCGAAGAGAGAACGAAGGCGAUAUCAUUAUUUCCGCGAGUCAAUGUUCCGUCGAAGCCAUGGCAUGGAUGAUCAAGCAUACGAGCGGGUACAUAUGCAUUUCUCUUCCUGAGGAGCGUCUCAAUGAGCUCGAAAUUCCCAUGAUGGUCCCCAAUAAUCAGGAGCGACACAAAACUGCUUACACCAUCACCGUGGACUAUAAACAUGGAACCACAACAGGCAUUUCCGCCCAUGACCGAUCUCUCACAGUCCGCAAAUUAGUCGACCCCACUUCGACUGCGUCCGAUUUCAGUCGCCCAGGGCAUAUGGUACCCUUGCGAGCACAAAAUGGUGGCGUUCUAGAACGCAGAGGACAUACGGAAACUGGUGUCGAUUUGUGCGCCCUCACCAAUCAACCUCUAGGGGGUGUGUUAUGCGAGCUCGUGAAUGACGAUGCGUUGGGCACCAUGGCGCGGCGUGAUGAUUGCCGGUCGUUUGCCGAUCGAUGGGGCCUGAAAAUGAUCAGCGUGGAAAUGUUGGUACAGUACAGAAAAGCGAUGGAGAGCAGAGAUACUGCGAUAUCAUGA